AUGGACAGAUAUGGACUCCAAAUCCUUGAACUCUGUGAGACAAAUUGGUACAAACAAAGAAGUUUCAAAACUGCCACAAAUCACGUUGUCCUUUUCUCUGGAAAUGAAAUGGGAUACAACCACGGAGUAGCAGUCAUUCUCUCCAAAGAAACUAAGAAAGCUCUUAUUGGCUACAGCCUUAUAAAUGACAGAAUUAUGAAAGUCAGAAUUCAAGCUAAACCACACAAUGUCUCUAUCAUCCAAUGCUAUGCGCCAACUACCGUAGAUAGUGAUGAAGAUAUGGGAAACUUUUAUAACACUCUUCAGGAAACUAUUGACAUCACCCCAAAUAGAGACGUCAAACUAGUAAUUGGAGACUUUAACGUCAAAGUGGGUAAACAAGAUACGCCAAGGUCAACAUGUGGAAAAUUCAGACCUGGACAACAGAAUGAAAGGCGAGAAGAUCUUAUCGAUUUCUGUGGCACAAAUAACCUGAUUGAUCACAUCUUAUUUAGUGAAAAAUCGAGAAGCAGCAUGAAAAAUGUAAGAACAAGGCCAGGUGCAGACUGCAACAGUGACCACCAACUUCUAACCACAGAUGUCAAAUUUAAUCUAAAAAAAAUGGAUCAACCUUCCCACCCGGUGAGACUUGACUCUAAAACCUUAAACGCAGAAUAUGAAAUCUCAAUAGCAAACAACUUUGGGGUCCUACAGCUAUGUGACGAAGAGAAAUCCCCUGAUAAACUGUGGAAAGCAGACAAAGAGAAAUUCAUUGAACAACAAUGUCAGAAAAUCGAAGAUAAUGCCGUUACCAACUCCACCAAAGAACUGUACCAAGGAGUUAAAAUUUAA